AUGAUGGCUUCAACUACGACAGCUAGUGCAAAAACUGGCGGCAACGUUCAAAGGACGAAACUGACAGGUUGGGCACAGGCAGCUGCAAGGUCGUUGCCCAAACAGACGCAAUCGCAGGCGCAGACGCAACCGCAACUGCAGUCACAAACGCAACAGCGGCAACAGCAACAGCAACAGCAACAGCAACAGCAUCAACAACAACAACAACAACAACAACAGCAGCAGCAGCAGCAACAAUUGCAAAAGUCAAGAUCUAACACAGCAUCGCCUAUUUCCCAAGGAAACAAAACAACAUCGCAAUCGAAUUCAGCAUCAAGUAAACCAAUCACAUCUAGCAACAACAAAAAGAAAUCUGCAAAGCAAUCAUACAACAGAGAUGAGGUCAGAAAUUAUAUGAAGAGCCUAUUUGACCAGUAUUCAUCCACUCUUUCAGGUCAAUCAAUUUAUCACAAUAUGGUCCAGAACAAGAGGCAAGGUCAAUCCCUUGACUGGGGCACUGUGACAAACAGCAAGUAUAAGAACAAAAAAUAUGGCUGCCUCAAUGAAGUCGCACAAGCGCUUUGGAAUUAA